AUGAGCCGCGCUUGGUGGAUUCUGCCUUUGAUUGCUGCGGCGUUGGGCCAGCCGCGCGACUGCAGGCAUGGCAAGUAUGACAACACUACGCAGAAAUGCAUUUGCGACAAGCACUGGGCCACAGCCGGUAUCACCGACACCGUGGACUUCCUGGAAGGGGUCUGCGAGCAGUUCCGAUGUGAAAGUGACAAGCAGUGCAGAGAGUUUCUAGGAGAUUUUGCUUCAUGCCCGGUCCCGAACUGGAAUUGCUACUGCGGGUGGGGAAAAUCCUACGAGAAUGGAUAUCGCGGCUUCGAAAACGAAAGAGCAGAAUGCAUGGGCUUGAUGUACACGUUCUCUGUUUGGACCACGGAGACUUUGUGGUACGUGUUCCAAAUUGCUUGGAAGGUCUUUCCUCUCUUGUCCAUCUUCUUCUUCGUUUUUGGAAGGAAGCGAGUACGAUGCGAUCAUCAUGACACUUCGCUUUGGAACGACGUACUGUGGAUGUGCGGGUGUCCUUCCGAUUGUGAAGGCGGAUGUCCCAUGGCACCAGAGCCUGUGGAUGUUUUUUUCGAUGAGUUCGCUUGGAGCAUCUACAUCCUCAGCCUGGGGGUGUGGUUCCAGGUAGCGCUGAUGGUUGUCUACCUGCUUGCAUUCUUUGUGUGGUCUGUUUUGCUCUGGGCGAUGGUGAUGAUCAUGUUGGUUGUUGCGGCAAUUGCGGGCCUCUGUGUCCUCUGCGGCUGCGCUGGGGGCGGUGAAGGCAGCGUCGACUGUUGCGAUGCAGGCUGCUGCGAUUUCUCAUCCUGCGGUUCGUGUGGUCCUGCAGAUUGCUGUUGCUGUUUCGGCGAUGGUGCAAUAGGUGCGUCGCCCACGGACGGCCUGAUGUAUUGGUCGGGUCCCUACCCUGGCCCCUACGAUGGCGGCUCAUGCGAUUGUUGCUAUCCGGUAUCCUCAACGCAGCAUGGCCGGGGCAGCUGCUGCUUCAUAUUUGCCGCACCUUUCGCAUGGCUGGUGAGGAGGUGA